AUAUAUAUAUAUAAUGAACAGGGCCUUGCUCGCUUGAUUCAUUCGAUUUGCACGCUCAAGGAUGUAGUUGAUCUCGCUUCGGCUGCCUCGUAACUUUGCAGUUCCCUAGUGUUUGAAGUGACCUUUCAAGACAAGACAAAAUGCGCGAGUGUAUUUCUAUCCAUGUCGGCCAAGCAGGUACGCAGAUCGGUAAUGCCUGUUGGGAGUUGUACUGCCUGGAACACGGAAUCCAACCCGAUGGCCAGAUGCCGAGCGACAAGACGAUCGGUGGCGGCGAUGACUCGUUCAAUACUUUCUUCGCCGAGACCGGCGCUGGGAAGCACGUCCCCAGAGCUGUCUUUGUCGACUUGGAGCCAACUGUUAUAGACGAAAUCCGGACCGGUACCUACCGUCAGCUCUUCCACCCUGAGCAACUGCUAUCCGGCAAAGAGGAUGCCGCUAACAACUAUGCUCGCGGACACUACACUGUCGGCAAGGAACACAUUGAUCUUGCACUAGACAGGAUCAGAAAACUGGCUGAUCAGUGUACAGGACUCCAGGGAUUUCUGAUCUUCCAUUCCUUUGGGGGUGGUACGGGAUCUGGAUUCUCCUCACUCCUGAUGGAGCGCCUUUCAGUUGACUACGGCAAGAAAUCCAAGCUGGAGUUUGCUGUUUAUCCGGCCCCUCAGAUCUCUACCGCUGUGGUCGAGCCCUACAACUCCAUCCUGACCACCCACACAACCCUGGAGCACUCUGACUGUGCCUUCAUGGUGGACAACGAGGCCAUCUAUGACAUCUGCCGUCGCAACCUCGACAUAGAGAGACCCACCUACACCAACCUAAACCGUCUGAUUGGUCAGAUUGUGUCCUCCAUCACUGCCUCUUUACGCUUUGAUGGUGCACUCAACGUGGAUCUGACUGAGUUCCAGACCAAUUUAGUGCCCUAUCCUCGUAUCCACUUCCCUCUGGCUACCUACGCCCCAGUUAUCUCUGCGGAGAAGGCAUACCACGAACAGCUCACAGUUGCAGAAAUUACGAACGCCUGCUUUGAGCCAGCCAAUCAGAUGGUGAAGUGUGACCCACGUCACGGCAAGUACAUGGCCUGCUGUCUGCUCUACCGUGGUGACGUAGUACCCAAGGACGUCAACGCUGCCAUAGCCACAAUCAAGACCAAAAGAACCAUCCAGUUUGUGGACUGGUGCCCCACUGGAUUCAAGGUCGGCAUCAACUACCAGCCACCCACUGUUGUCCCUGGCGGUGACCUGGCCAAGGUGCAGCGUGCCGUGUGCAUGUUGAGCAACACCACAGCCAUCGCCGAGGCCUGGGCUCGUCUGGAUCACAAGUUUGAUCUGAUGUACGCCAAGCGCGCGUUUGUGCACUGGUAUGUGGGUGAGGGUAUGGAGGAAGGAGAGUUCUCCGAGGCUCGUGAGGAUCUGGCAGCCCUUGAGAAGGAUUACGAGGAGGUCGGUGUUGACAGCGUCGGGGAUGGAGAAGACGAAGACGGAGGAGAGGAGUAUUAGGAUUAAGUGACAGAACUACUAUGAUCACGUGACGGAACUACUAUGAUCACGUGACAGAACUACUAUGAUCACGUGACGGAACUACUAGACUAUAAUCCAGUAACAUACACCUUUGUCCCCUAUGUAUCUACAAAAGUAAAUCUCAAAGUUGAUAAUAGCAUGAACUGUACGUCAUAAAGUAUGAUAAAAUUAAACAAAACUGAACAAAA